UUGCUAUCCCUCCAAAACCUCUUCCCCACUAUUUUGUUUUUAUAUAUAAUAAUAAUACGAUAGUAUAUAGAUAUAUAGAUAUAGAUUUCUAUCUUCUUCAGCCGAUCUUUUUCCUUCCAUCAAUACAACUCUUCUCCACCGAUAUGUUGCUUCAGCUGUUCACUAUAUCAACCAUAUCCACCUAAUGUGAAUGCUGUUGUAGCAUAUCUCUGUUCACUAUCAACCCUAGGCAUAUCAACCCUAGGCAUAUUAAGCAAGGGGAUGAAGGAGAAGCGCGUGGUUGCCGGACUGAACCGUCACCGCCACAUCCGCCUGCGCCACCAACACGUUCGACGCCAAGAUUAUCUGAAGGUGAUUAUCUCAAUUUAGCGAAUUUCCAGUAUGAUAUAACAGAUUCUUUAAUUUUAAAGCUGAUUAAUAAAAAAUAAUAGUUCAUUUGAAUCACGAUUGGUGCCCAACAAAUAGACCUCCAUUGUAAUUUAUUCCCCCUUUUUUGUUUCAAAUUUUUGUUCUUUGCGUUGUCAAAACACCUUGGGCGGUCGGAAGGCUUAGAUACAACAAUCUGGAGAAGCCCGUACAAACCGAAGGAGCUGAUAGUCUGCUCAAUCAAGAGGCUAAGAAAAUUAAACAUCCAAGUUUUUAUGGAUUAGUGGAUUACUCCGUCACAAUUAGUCAAUCAAAACAUAAGGGGUUAGACAAGUUGCUCACUGAGAAGAAAAGUUGAGUGCAGAACUUUCAAUAAAGAAUCACAUCAAGGCUGAAGGAGAAGACAAUGAACAGUACGUUUGUUUCUACUGUUCACUGUUGAACUGUUUUUGCUGAGUUAGAGAUUGGGCAGCAAGUAUUAAAACCCCGGCGAACAGCUCUCAAGGCUCCAACAUCUCGCCGGGAAACUUCAACGGGCCGCCCCCCAACCCCUACCUAUACCCCUGCUCGCCGGGAAGCUUGAAGAAGUGAGAAAUGGAUGCUUUGAGAGCCUCAUAUGGAGACGCUUCCUCUGAAUCAGAUUCAGACUCCGACCACUCUCUUCCACUACCCUCCACUUCCACCGAUAUGGCCGCAGAGACAUUCACGCCUCUGCCUCCGCCUCCUGCAGCUCUACUUGACUUGCCCUGUUCAUUGGGUUCGUUUGAUUGCUUGGAAACCAGUCUGGUUAGUCGAGUUAGAAGCUUUCCUCAUGUAGAUGGCAAUUACGCCCUUCAUGUUUACAUUCCAGUUCAUAUACCAUCAGCACUAAGGAAGGAGUUAGCCCAGUUUUUGGAAAGAGUAUCUCUUGUACAUGAUCUCAAUGUUGUUGAUAUUGAUAUACCGUUGAGUAAUUUAGUAAGAGACAAGGGGGGUAAGCUUGAGCAAGUUGCCUUAGGUAGGGAAUUUCAUAUAAGUUUGGGAAGGACUGUUCCCAUUCGAGUGCACCAGAUUAAUUCAGUAGUCUCAAUGCUUCGUCAGAGGCUACAAUUUCAGCGGAGGUAUUGGAUAAAUUUUCACAAAUGGGAGGUCUUUGUGAAUGAUGAUGGCUCACGCACGUUUUUGUCAUUGGAAGUUGUCACAGGAGGCUUAUUUGAGAUAACAAAACAGGUUCAAGCUGUUAAUGAGGUUUAUAGGCUUCACAAUCUUCCAGAAUUUUACAAGGAUCCACGGCCACAUAUAUCGAUAGCUUGGGCAUUGGGUGACAUCAGUGAUACGCUUAAAAGAGUGGUACAAGAAGAGAUGAAAAGAUAUCUUGUGGCGAGCUCACCACAAAAACCUAUUUUUACAAGCAAAUUUAGUGGCAUUUUGUGUAAAGUUGGUAGUAAAUGUCAUGAGAUAUGCAAAUUUCAAGGAGAAUAGAUGGGCUACAGUGGGUACUCUGAUUCUACUAACGACAUUAUUAUAUAUGUUGUGCAUUGUUUCCGUUGGAUCAGGGGUCUCUCUAUCUGGCAAUCAAAGCUCCUUGGCUGUCUGAUCAGACAUCCAACAGGUGCAGUUUUGCGGGUCCAUUUCAUUUCAAAAUAUUUAGUAUGAAGAAUAAUUGAACUUCUUCUGCCACUAAACUCAGUUCGGGUUGAAGAUUCUAUAUUUAUUUAUGUAUAAAUGUAUGAUACCAUGUAACAGCUUACCAAAACUAAUAAUAACUAAUAAGAUAGUAUAGUAUUUUUAUUUAUUGGUGGAAGCACGUCUCAGCAUUCCACAAAUGUUUCUGUGAUAAUUUAAAUAGUUAAUUAGGAAUGACCAGAUUAAUGUAGAGACAUUGCACUAAUUAAUAUGGGGUAUGGACUUAUUUAAAUUUUUAAUAGUUCUUUAUAAUACUGACUGAUAAGCAUCAU